AUGGCAAAUUCUACUCUAGCUUCAAUGCCUAUCCCCAUAAUGUUUGGAGGCGAAAACUAUGAGUAUUGGUCUGUCAGAAUGAGGGCUUUCUUGAUGGCACAUGAUCUAUGGGAGAUUGUUGAAGAAGGUUAUACUCCACAGGAGUUGGAUGUAGACCCUACUGUGAAUCAAAUGAGGCAAGAGAAGGAUCGUAGAAUAAAAAAUAUGAAGGCUCUUACCUUCUUGCACUCUUCUGUCACCGAGACAAUUUUUCCCAAGACUGUGGCUGUUACAACAGCAAAAGAGGCUUGGGAUAAAUUACAAGAAGAGUACAAAGGGUCUGAGCAAGUGAGAGCAGUAAGAUUGCAAACUUUGAGCAGAGAGUUUGAAAAUCUAAGGAUGAAGGAUGCUGAAUCCGUAAAGGACUACUCUUCUAGAGUGGCUAAUGUGGUGAAUCAGCUUAAAUUGAAUGGAGAGGACGUACCAGACAAAAGAGUGGUGCAAAAAAUGUUGAUUACCUUACCCGAAAAGUUUGAUGCUGUUACCACGGCUAUAGAGCAUACAAAGGAUCUGUCAAGUCUUUCUUUAACUAAACUUACAGGUGCUUUGUUAGCCUAUAAGCAAAGGUUAACGUCAAGAUCUGAG